AUGGCAGGACGCUGGGCAGUGCUGCUGCCCUCCUCGGCGCUGCUUCUGUGGAUCGUUUGCUCCUGCAACUGGGCGCUACUGAGUGUGGCCGCGUCACCGUAUGGCGCCAACAUGACUGAUCUUAUGCGCCAUGUGGAGUUCUUUGACGAGGACAGGGACGGCAUUCUUACUAUUCCGGAGAGUACUAAAGGUUUUAUUGCGAUCGGAAUGGACCCUGCCUUCGCACUUACCAUGGCCACAGCAACCCAUGCUGCUUUCGGUCCUUUGACAACCCCUCCUGGAAAAUUACCGAGCGUAAAUAUCCAUGUGUCCCACAUCAACGGAGCAGUCCAUCCAAGUGACUCGGGUGCCUACGAUAAGAAGGGAAAUUUUGUCCCCAAAAAAUUCGAGAGAAUAUUCCAGAAGUUUUCUCACAGCGAGGAGGACGCCUUGUCAUGGUUGGAGGUAGAGGCGAUGCUCAUCGCAAACAGGGACCUUCUUAGACCUCUAUCAUGGCCGGCGGCUGAGACGGAGUGGCAGCUGAUUCACAUGCUGGGCAAGGACAGGCACGGGUACCUCCACAAGGACACCCUCAGGGGCGUCUACGACGGCACCGUCUUCCCCAAGAUGCGCGACCACACCAUCGACCCCCAUCUUACUGGUCACAGCGACGCCUGA